UGAGCGAUGAGAAUCGUGCGUGCUCGUAUUAUGAACUAAAAAUCGACACGCGAAUUAGUAACUACCGUUACCGGUUGGUCGUUACCUUGAUUUAUGGCUACCAUAUGAUAUAUUUAGCUAUAAAUUCUUAAGCUCUAAGCAAAAAUCAGUAGAAAUUAAAAACAAUAAAAAACUACGCAACAUUUUCCAGCACUUAAAGUCUACCAGUUGUGCCAUUCAAGACAAUGCAACUGCCCAACACUUCACGUCUAACAGCUGUGCUAAACUCUAAGUUAAAAUCAUUAGAUAUUAAAAAAAUAAACAACUACCCAACAUUUUCCAACACUACAAGUCUAACAGCUGUGCCACUCAAGAAGCCGAACUUAUAUUAAAAACAUUUCCUGAUUAGUGUUUUAUCCGUUUUUGAAAAUGGAUAUUUUGGCGCUAUCAGAGCCAAGUUUCUCUGCCGCCGAUUGGAUAAAUGCAAACUAUAAAAAAUAUACGGAAGAGAAUAAUAAAAAGGGGAGCGCAACUGCCACCGCGUUCAUACAAAGCUACGUGGCCAAGCUGCAGCUAUAUGUGCAGCAGGUGAACUAUGCCGUCGAGGAGUCCAGCCAGCAGGUCGUGGCCAGCAUGCCGCGCAUAGCCAAGGAGGCUGCCACUCUGCAGUGCGAUGUGGCAGCACUGCAGCAGAAGAUGAGCGCUAUGCGUCAGGAGGUGGCCGCCGUGCAGGAGGAGACGGGCGACUGUAUGGCCACGUUGGAGCGCCUAAACACAUUGCAAACCAAGUUGCAGGCGGCCAAGGAAUCGUUGCAAGAGUCGGAUGGCUGGGGCAAUCUGCUUGCCGAGCUGGAAGACUGCUUUGAACGCAACGACAUGAAGGGCGUUUGCGAUAAGCUGACGGCGCUGCAGAAGUCGCUGCAGGCGCAGGAACAGCUGCCCGGUCAUGCCGAGCGCCAAACGCAGGUGGAGGACUUCAAAAAUCGCCUGGAGGCCAUGGCCUCACCCAGCCUGGUACAGUGCUUCGCCGAGUCGAAUCUGGAGCAGGCUCAGCGGCAUGUGCAAAUCUUCGCUAGCAUUCAAAGAUUGCCGCAGCUGCAGCAAUAUUAUCGAGCCGUGCAGAAGAACGUGCUGCAGCAGCAGUGGAAGCAGACGCUGGAGCUGCAGGUCAGCGAGACGCCACAGCAGCACUUCCUCGCGCUCUACUACGACCAGCUGCUAGAGCAUUGCCAGCGUCAGCUGAAAUGGUGUGUUCAGCUGUUUGCCGGUGAGCUGCUGGACAUGGCACAGUCGCAGCCAUUUCUGGUCAUCGCCGAGCUAUUGCCGGCGCUGCAGCCCACCCGGGACGCCCAUAUACUGCAGCUGCUGAAGAGCUCCAAUGAGCGGCUCGAGCUACUGGCCCAAUACGCUCAGGCCAAUCAAAACUUUGUGCUGCACCUGAACUCAACACUGGAGCAGUCGCAGAUUAGUUUAUCGGCCGAUUUGCAUCGUCAGCUGGGCGAAUCGAUCUUUGAAUAUUUUCACAAGUUUAUACAGCAGUAUCCACGGCUGGAGGAGACGCAGCUGUCCACGCAAGUUGAUCGUUUGCUGUCCAAUCAGGCUACGCCCAGCGAUGCAGUGCGUCAUCUGGAGGACAGCACGCGCAAGCUCUACGAGUGGCUGCAGCAGGCCUGUGCCCGCUGUGACUCGAUCACAAAUGAUUUGGCGCUGUGCAAGCUGAUAACGGUUCUCGGUGGCAUCUUCAAGCGGCAGCUGGAGAACUUUAGUCGCACACAGCGCCAGCUGAGCCUGAGCCUCGGCAGCGGCAACAGCGAGGGCAUGGCGCGCAGCGAAAACUGGUCCCUGUUGCAGUACACCAUGUCCCAGCUGCAAUGUCUGGCCGAGUUUCAGCUGCAGCUGCAUCAGUUCGAGCAGCAGCUGCAUUUGCGCCUGGUCGCCCUCGCUAGCCGGCUGCAGCGACCCGCCAGCGGCGCCAUUAGCAUCUAUCAGACCUGUGAGCCGGCGCUGCGCGCCCAGCUGCUGGCCAAUAUUGCGGAUUACCAGCAGAAGGGAAGCGAUGCGACAGCGGCCACCAGUGCGGACAGCUUGGGCAUCUUCCCCCAGGUCUAUGUCACAAUUAAGACCUAUCUGGCCGAGACGCAUGACAUUACGCUAAACAUCCUGCUGCAGCCGAUCGAGGCGCAUUUGGCGCACAUACGCCCGCCCAUCGAGGUGUACCCAACGGCGGGCAUCAACAUGCCCGCGUUCAGCUUUGCGCCACAGGAGAGCAUCACGCAGAUUGGCCAAUAUCUGUUGACGCUGCCGCAGCAUCUGGAGCCGCUGCUGUUGGCGCCGUCCGCGCUGCUCAAGCAGGCCUUGGAGCUGUGCAACAUCAAGUAUACGCAGGCGAUGCCCUGUGCCGAUGUCCUGCUCAGCCUGGUCGUGGAGCAGUGCUGUGUCAUGUACCAGGCGCAGAUAUUGCAGAUCAAGUCGUUACCCGCCUCCGCCGCCACGCAGCUCAGCGUGGACAUUGAGUACCUGUCGAACGUGCUCGAGGAACUGGGACUCACCAUUAACCUGCAGCUGGCCCAGAUCCUCACGCUGCUCAAGGCAGCACCCGAGCAGUAUCUCAACCUGAGCAGCGGCUGCGAGCCACGCCUCGUGACGGCCAUCAGACAAAUGCGCAACAUCAUUUCGACACAAUAAUCAUAGAAUCCUUAAAUAAAUUGUAUUUAAACCUUAUCUUAAUAUA